AUGUUGCACAAGAGACGUCGACGCGUGGCGGCGCACGCUAGCCCCCGAACGACCGGGCGUUACUACCAGGUCGUUCUCCUCCUCCUGUGCCUCACGACGUCGUCAAUCACGACGAUUGCUGUCUCGAGCAGUGGCGAGCAGAGGCAACAUCUGCGGCGCUCGUCGGCCGUGGCCGGGGCCAGCGGCAGCGGCGUUGUUGGCGGCGCUGCGCGAAGGAUUUGUCGUAACGUAUUAUGGACGGCUGGGAAGGUGGAGCCACUUCGCCGCUCACACAACCUGUGCUCAUCGGAGGUUGCAACUGCCGGCGCUGCUGCUGCUGCCAGCCCUACCGAUGGCUCGUUGCGAGAGACGAUUGGGCGGUCGUUGCUGGAGGUGCGGGGUGGCAGCGAGGGGCUGAAGAGCGAGAAGUGGAGUCGAGAGAAGGCAGCGGCCGGGAUGACGGCAAGGGCGGGAGCUGGAGGAAACGCCGGGCUUCACAAGGUGGAAACACAAGGCGAGGACUACUUCGAGAGCAGCAGCAGUAGCAGCAGCAGGGAGAGGGCGGCGGCGGCGGCGGCUGCUGCGUCGCCGACGUCCCUCCCGCGGGUAAUCGUACGGGACGAGUUGGACGUGGUCACCUGCGACCAGUCCACCCCGGUCGCCGGCGACGCGGGCAUCGGCGUUAGUCUGCGCGAGGGCGCCGCCGUCGCUCCGGGGACGGCUGGGAUAAGGGUGGGAAGGGGCAAAGCACAGUCAGCGCCCGUGGACCAGAAGACAAAUAGAAGCGGCAGAGAUCCUGCGAGGGGGGUUGGACUAGCAUCGGAGGACGACACCAGCAUGGUGCUGGAGGUAAAUGAGGGCUGGCGAAGCUCAGAGACGCCGCCGGCAGCGGGUGGUGGCGAUGGUGUUGCCGCCGCUGCGGCUUCCCAAGACGAGGGUUUAGUUGUGGAUAACGCCAAAAGGGAGGCGGCAGCUGUUGGGGCGGCGUCGGCAGCGGCACCGGAGGGCGCGACUGCCCGCGACCAGCCAUCACCCGCGGCGGGUACUUUUGCGGAUGGGUCGACGACAGGGGCAGCCGAUUUGGCUGGUAGUGGUGUAGGUGGUGGGAGUGGUGGAGUUGAUAAUAGGGAAGUCAGUAGCGGUGAGAGUGAGGUUGGUGAUCAACAAGACGUAUUGGACUUGUUGUCAGAGCGGGACGUGAAGGGCACAACCGCGGUCAGAAAGAGACAGCGGACGGCGACGCCAAAGGUAGCAAGCGGUGGGUGGACAAGAAAGCCUGCACCUCCCGAAGAACCCGGGGCAACCGGAAUCCCGGCGGUCGCCCGAAGCCGACCGAACGACCUGCCGCGCGCGGGGGCCCCGCGGCCGCCGAGAGGGGAGGUGCGGGUGUGGCGGCCUUGGGGGAGGCACGGGGCCGUGCCGGCUUCCGGGGCGGGGGUUAGCGAUAACGGCGGAGUGGUGGAAGGAACAGCGGCACCCGGCGUCGAGGUUGCUGCCGAAGCAGCCGGGAGCGGGGUGGUGGCGAUGGUUGGGCAAGAGGCGGCGGGCGGUGAUGAGGUGGUAGGGAAGGCCAAGGCGAAGAGGAUGCGCUGGGAGCCCAAGUACCUGACGGUGAAGGCGGUGUUCUUCUUGUUCUACAGCAGCCUCGGGGCGAUCAUGCCGUACCUGCCGGUGUACUACCACUCCCUCGGCAUCCCUGACAGGAGGAUAGGCCACCUGGGCGCCAUCACCCCGGCGAUGACCUUCCUCUUCACCCCUCUCUGGGGCGCGCUGACCGACAAGUCAGGCAUGCUGAAGCAGAUCCUGGUCCUGACCUUCGCCGCCUCGACGCUGCUCAGGGUCUCUCUCGCCGCCCGCACGUCGUUCCUCUGGAUCGUAUCGGUGAUCACGCUCACGGCCGUCAUCAACGCGCCGGUUCGCCCGCUGCUCGACAGCAGCGCCCUCCAGUCCCUGGACGACCGGGCGGAGUACGGGAAGCAACGGCUCUGGGGGCAGUGGGGUUUCGGGAUCGGAUCGUUCUUGACGGGGAAGCUCCUGUCUAGGUUCGGGUUCAAGGCGGCGUUCUACAUGCACGCGGCGUUCUCGCUGCCGACACUCCUGAUCCUGAUGCGGUUCAGCCCAAAGAAGGAGGACCGGGGGAAGGAGCCCCCGAAGUUCGGGGAGCUUUACCAGCUCGUGGUCCACGACCCCGAUGUCCUGGUGUUCUUUUCGAUGGUGUUCGCAAUCGGGCUGUCGAGCGGCGUGAUCGAGAACUUUGCCUACAAGCGGCUGAGGGAGCUGGGGGGCACCGGGUCGGUGCUGGGGGUGUCGCGGCUGGUAUCGAGCCUGUCGGGUAUUCCCAUGUUCUUCUUCUCGGGGGCCAUCGUGAAGCACUUCAGCAUCGUGGGCAUCCUGACGGCGUCAAUGAUGAGCUUCAUCGCUAGGUUCGUCAUCUACGCGUCCAUUAAAAACCCCUGGGCGGGUCUCCCAGCGGAGGCGCUCAGAGGAGUUACGUUUGCUGGCUUCUGGGCGGCGAGUACGUGCCACGUUGGCGCGAUCGCACCCCCGGGUCUCUCCACGACCAUGCUGGGGCUCCUGAACGCAACGUACGGGGGCAUCGGGCAGUCUCUCGGGUCCCUCGUCGGCGGGAGCCUCAGCAUGCGCUUCGGGACGGCGAGGGCGUUCCUGGUGUACGCCAGCGUCGAUGCGUGCCUGCUGCUGGCCUUCUUCCUGUUCUGGGGAUUGCAUCCGAACGGGCAGCAGAAGGACCGCGGGGCCGGCGGCGGGAUAGGUGCCUCUUCGGGGCAGGACGUGGGGAAGGCGUCCCCGCAUGCCGGCCAGCUGCCGCCGGCGGCGGAGGCUACACCGCAGCAACCUGCCGAAGGGUUGCAAGACCAGACGUUCACGCCGCCCCCUGCGGUCGGCCAGCGAUAGAGGAGGGUGAGGGUCCGAAUCUGCGAUGUCGAUGGUGUUGGACUUUGGAGUUUUGCGGAGAUGGAAAUGACUCGUUUGCUGAGGCUCCUAACGACUCGGGGGGGGGGGGCUGUGGGUGAGCGCUCUUCUCUAUCGGAAGAUUUUGAAACCUGUUGAAGUCAACGGGGGUUAUUUGAUAGAGCUACUACGUGUGUCUCGAAGCGCGUGGCCAAAUUAUGUUGGGCGUUCUGCGUUGUUUCACUAGGAUGGUAUCGGUCAGGAACACGUUUGUUGGUGUUGGGUGUGUUUGCUUUGAUGGUUUUGGAUAUGAGUAAUAAAAGUGUAAAAAACGGUGGUGACAUUGAACGGGGUUUUACGAACGAUCGGGAGCCACCUGAUGUUUGUGUCUCCGUUUAUUUUGCUUCUGUGUGAAAUGUUAUGCAAACGUUAUUCGAAACGUUGACUUCUUUUUUAAUCAGACCGGGAAUUUUGUUCAUUUGUUUUAGGAUGGAGAGAGGAGGCACGCCAUGUUUUGGCUGUUCCGUGGUACUUCUUGUGUGUGGUGACUCUUUUGGGAAUGAUUUUCCAAACCCCUUGGGCCUAGAAGCGCCAUGGGCCUGUUCGUGCAUUGUAACUCAAGAGAGAACUGCGCGUGCGGCUGAUCUUGACGCUCCGACAGAACGAGGAUGUACCUAUUGCACAUGGUGUCCUACAUAGCUGCUUGACGAUGCCUCUUUGUGGUGGUGUUUGAGGCGGAGGGCCGGCUGAUGAUGACGAUGCGCGGGGGGUUCCUCCUGACAGUUGGGGCCACAGGUCUGAAGCCCAUUUUUUUGCGGUAGGCUCAGUUUCUGCUGCCACACCCUGGUGUUUUUGCUUUUGUCGUUCCCUCGUGUCUUCAAAACCUUCACCACAUCACGGGAGGCAACAGGUCGAUGACGAUGAG